AUGGGUAUCAUCGACUUAGCCCGAUGUAAAGAACCGGCAUUUAUUGCCCACGGCUUUAACAACUGGAAGAAAGCUAUUGAAAAAUUUAAAUCGCAUCAAAAGUCUCAAACCCAUUCAUUGGCGGUCAGGCAAAUUGCUGCAGUAAAAAAACCAUCGGUAAGCGCUCAACUUGUUACCCAGAUGCAAAAAGAUCAACAGCUUGCACGAAAUUCGCUUAUUAAGUUGUUUACGAGUAUUAGGUACCUAUUGCGGCAAGGUACUGCGUUUCGUGGUCACGACAAAUCUGAUGGAAAUUAUUUGCAAUUGCUCAAACUGCGAACGGAAGAUGAUCCAAACCUGGAGAUUUAUCUAAAAAGAACAACUAACUUUACCUCAUUUGCUGGGCAAAACGAGAUGAUUAGGCUUUUCAGUCAUAACAUUUUGCAGGAUAUUAUACGGGAGAUCCAGAGGAAUGAAUUUUUUGCAGUGAUUGUUGAUGGAACACAAGAUAUAAUUGGAGAUGAACAAGAGUCUAUCUGCCUAAGACAUGUAGAUUCUGAACUUAAUGUACACGAAGACUUUAUGGGCUUAUAUGAAAUUCCUAGUACUACGAGCGACGUGUUGGCGCAGAUGAUAUUUGAUGUCCUCAUUCGGUUUGGACUGUCUGUUGACAAGUUGCGUGCCCAAACAUAUGAUGGAGCUGCUAAUAUGAGCGGUUGUCAUACAGGAUGUCAAGCAAGGGUGAGAGAAAAACAACCUCUUGCUCUGUAUUUUCACUGCGGUUCGCACACGUCAAAUCUUGUCAUGCAACACGCGGUUAACUCCUGCGAACUUAUUCGAGACUCCUUACAAUGGAUUAACGAGCUGGGCGCUCUUAUGAGCAGGUCUGGAAAGUAUAAAGCUAUUUUCCAGAUAAUCUGCAAUUCCUGUGAAUCAGUAGAGAGCGACAACAAUCUUCAUCCUACAAAGAUCAAGCCACUGUGUGUUACUCGGUGGCUAUGUAGAUUAGAUGCCAUACAUUCUGCAAAUCUGUCAAUAUGCACAUACUAG